AUGACAACAAAAGAUAUGAUUAAGAUCGUUGAUUUUCUUGAUGAAUCUAACAGGGUCAGAGAAGAGAACAACCGAGACAGAACAGGUAGCUCAAUAGCAGCAACGGAGAAGAAACAUCAAGAAGCAACACACAAUCAAGCAGAAUUCAGCAGGAAAGGAGGCAGGAGCAAUCCAAAACAGAAUCCUGAAACAUCUACGUACGCCAUCAGAAUAAGCAGCAUCAAACAUAACUUGAAGAAGAAACUGAUCCAACAGUACAGAAAGAGACAGCGCAGCAGUAUUGGAAUUCAGAAAUAA